AUGGGCAAUCAAACGACUAAAUCUACUCAACAGUUUCAAUCUCUAGACGAAGAAGGUAAAAAAAACCUUCAAGCCGGUAAGCUUGAUCAAGCUCUAUCUUGCUAUAUUCGAAUAAACGAGGGAAUGAACGCCAUCAGCCGAGACACUCCUCAGUUGAAUCAGUAUCAGUGCCAGAUUUAUCUUCAACUUUGCGAUAUAUAUAUACAGCGUGGUGAUGGCAUAAAAGCCCAACAUUUUAGUGGAAAAGCUCUUGAAAUAGCUGAAAAUCUUUCAGAAAAAAUCAACUAUGCUCAAUGUUUAGACGUUCAAGGCCAAAUUAAACGUCUACGAGGAGAUUGGAAAGAAGCAUUAGCUGAUUUUGAAAAAUCACGAGAUAUCAAGGAAUUAAAAUGUUCUACCGAGAAAGUAGAAAUUAGCAAUUCAUACCGUUAUAUUGGCAUAGCUUGUAACGAUCAAGGCAAGUACAACGAGGCUUUAUCCAUGUUUAACAAAUCAAUGGAUAUUCAAACGGCAGUCCACGGCGACAAUCAUGCUGAUGUCGCAAAGUUAUACAAUCACAUCGGAGUUGUGCACUGUAAUCAAGGAGAAUAUGAAGAGGCCCAUUCUAAGUUUGGAAAGUCACUUAAAGUUCAACUUUCGGUCUUCCAUCCCGAUCACCCUGACCUCGCAGAGACAUAUAGUCAUAUAGGGGAUGUGUAUUUACAUCAAGGCAAGAAUGAAGAGGCGCUUUCUAAGUAUGAGAAAGCACUUAAAAUUCAAUUUGCAGUCCUGGUUUACAAUAAUCCCAUUAUCGCAAAAUCGCGCAAUAGCAUUGGAAAGGUCUAUAGUCAUCAAGGCAAACAUGACGAGGCCCUUACUGAGUAUAAGAAGUCGCUGGAAAUUCGAUUAUUAGUCUUUGGCGAGAAUCAUGCCGAUGUUGCUAACUCGCAUAGCUGCAUGGGAAAUGCCUAUUCUAGCCUAGGCAAGCACGAGGAAGCUCUCUCUAAGUACGAUAAAUCGCUUCAAAUUCAAAAGGCAGUCCUUAAUCGUAAUCAUCCGGAUAUAGCACAAUCCUAUCAUAGCAAGGGUAAUGUCUUUUCUGACCUAGGCAAAUAUGAUGAGGCUCUUUCUAUGUACAAGGAGUCUCUGGAAAUCCGAUUAUCAGUACAUGGUCAUAAUCAUCCUGAUAUAGCGAAGGUAUACAGUAGUCAAGGAAAUAUCUACGUAAUUCAGGGCAAGUAUGAACAAGCUCUUACUUUGUGCGAGAAAUCUCUUGAAAUUCAAAAAUCAGCUUUUAGUAGUAAUCAUAAUCAUCCAGAUAUAGCUCAAUCCUAUUAUAAUAUAGGUAAUAUCAAGGAAUACCAAGGAAAGCAUGAAGAGGCUCUUUCUAUGUUCGAGAAAUCUAUCAAAAUUCGACACUCAGUCCUCGGCUACUAUCAUCCUGAUGUUGCCAGGCUAAACAACUGCAUAGCGAACGUCUAUUUAAAUCAAGGCAAGUUUGGUGAAGCUCUUUCUAAGUGCAAUAAAGCGCUCAAUGUUCAAAAGAAGGCUUUUACGGAUUCCAAUCAUCCUGAUAUAGCGCAGACAUAUAUUUAUAUUGGUAAUAUCUAUUCUCGCCAAGGCAAGUACGAGGAGGCCCAUUCUAGCUAUAAGAAGUCUAUCGUUAUUCAAAUAAAAGUCUUUAGUCACAUUCAUCCUGAUAUUGCCAAAUCUUAUAGCGGCGAGGGAGAUACGUAUUUUCGCCAAGGCAAGUAUGAAGACGCCCUAGCUAUGUAUAACAAGGCUCUCGAAAUUCAAUUAUCAGUCUAUAACGAAAACCAUCCUGACGUUGCUAGAUCAUAUAGUAGAAUGGCAAAUGUCUAUUCUAAUCAAGGCAAGGAUGAAGAUGCUAUUGCCAAGUAUGAGAAAUCGCUCAAAAUUCAGAAAUCAGUCCUUGAUCAAACACAUCCCGAUCUAGCGCAGACGUAUAAUAACAUUGGUAAUAUCUAUUUUAAACAAGAUAAAUACAAAGAGGCCCUUUCUGAGUUCGAAAAAUCGCUAAAAAUCCGAUCAUCAGUCUUAGGCAACAAUCAUCUGGAUGUUGCAGAAUCCUAUAAUAACAUGGGAAAGGUUUAUUCUAGACAGGCCGAAUACGAUAAUGCUUAUUCUAUGUAUGAAAAGUCACGCAAAAUUCUUGUAGCAAUCUAUGGGCCUGAAACUCUUAAUGUUACGCAUUUAUACGAUAACAUUGGAGCUGUGUUUUCUAGUCAAGGCAAGCAUGGUGAGGCUAUUUCUAUGUAUGAAAAAUCACUUAAAAUUAGAUUAUCAGGUCUUGCACAUGAUCACCAUGCUAUCGCGAAAUCGUAUAACUACAUUGCAGCAGCCUAUUUUGACCAAGGUAAACAUGAAGAGGCCCUUUCUAUGUAUAAAAAGUCGGAAAAUAUUCUGUUAUCAUCUUUAGAUCAUAAUCAUCCCGAUGUUGCCAAGUUAUACAAUGGUAUAGGAGCUAUUUACUCUAGUCAAGGCAAAUAUGAAGAAGCUCUUCUAAAGUUUGAUCUAUCCCUUAAAAUUCAGGAGAAGUCAGAACUCGAUCAUAAUACUCUUGAUAUUGCACAGACGUAUAGUUACAUAGGAGAUGUCUAUUUCUGUCAAAGCAAGUAUGACGAUGCUCGUAUUAAGUAUGAAAAGUCACUCAAAAUUCGAUCGGAGCGCCUCGGAAAGAAUCAUCCAGAUGUUGCAAAGUCGUACAGCAACAUGGGAAAUGUCUGCUAUCGUCAAGACGAGCCUAAAAGGGCCCAUUCUAUGUAUGAAGAAUCGCUGCAAAUUCGAUUGUCAGUCCUUGGCUACGAACAUUCCGAUGUUGCACAAUCACAUAGUAACAUCGGAGCUGUUCUUGAAUAUGAAGGCAAGCAUAAAGAAGCACUUUCAUCGUACGAGAAAGCUCUUAAAAUUCAAAUGUCAGCCUUUGGUCGAAAUCAUCCUGAUGUUGCAAAGUCAAAUAAUAAUAUAGGAAAGAUCUAUUACUAUCAAGGCAAGUAUGAAGAGGCUUUUUCUAUGUAUGAGAAAGCAAUCAAUAUACAAUCGAAAGUUCUUGGCGAAAACCAUCAUGAUAUAGCUAAGUCCUAUAAUAAUAUGGGAAAUGUCUAUUAUGCUCUAGGUAGGCACGAAGAUGCUCUUUGUAAGUUUGAGGAAUCAGUACAAAUCCAAACCAAAGUUCUUGGUUACACCAAUCCAGAUAUUGCAGAAACAUACAAUAACAUAGGGAUUGUCUAUAGCCAACAAGGCAAGUAUAAAAUGGCCCUUUUCAUGCAUGAAAAAGCAAUCAAAAUUCAAUUAUCAGCUCUAGGUCUCGACCAUCCUGAUAUUGCUAAGUCAUAUAAAGGUAUCGGAUAUGUAUAUUAUUCUCAAGGAAAUUUAGAUGGUGCUCUUUCUAUGUAUAACAAAUCGCUAAAUAUUUACCUAAAAAAACCCUAUAACAGUCGCAUUAUUGUUGCUUGUCUGCGUAAUAACAUUGGUCUUGUCCUCAGUAAGCAAGGUGAAUACGAUAGAGCUCUUUCUAUGCAUGAGCAAUCACUGAAAAUUCAGCGUGAAUUACUCGGUGAUAAUCAUCCAGAUGUUGCUAUGUCAUACGGAUGCAUUGGCUAUAUCUACAAUAAGCAAGAUAAAUAUGGAGAGGCUCUCGCUAAACACCAACAAUCUCAAGAUGUUUACAGGGCAAGUUUUAUAAAACCUGAUCAUCCCUUUCUUGCUAUGGUAUAUAACAGCAUAGCAACUGUAAACAUGAAACAAGGUGAUUUCGAUGAAGCUCAUGCUAUGUGUGAUAGGUCGCUUAAUAUCACUCGGAAGAACUUAAGCGAAGACCAUCCUUAUGCCGCUAAUUCUUACCGAAAUAAAGCGCACGUCUACUUUCGUCAAUGCGAUUAUAAUCGAGCCAAAUUACAUUAUGAAAAAGCCGUCACUAUUUUACGUAAUUUAUUCGAAGAAGAUCAUCCCAAAAUGAAAACGUUAAAAGAUCAUAUUGCAAAAUGUAACGACCAGUUUUGUCAGGUAUCUGAUACUGCUGCAAAGCAACAAAAAUUAGCAACUGAGGAAGAAUUUACACAUCGAACAGACGCAAGCAAUCAACUACAAACAGAUCGUUCAACAAUAGCAUCAGCCAUAAAUGAGGAGCAAACGCCAUCGACCAAACAGUUACAACAUGCUUUAAAUGAGCACGGUGAAGAAUUUAUUAGAGUAGUACCGAUCGAUGAAAUAUUAAAUUCAUUGAAGUUGAAACACAUUUUAAGCUGUAGACAAGUUGCUGACAUCAGAAAUGAGAAACAUAGAGAAGAUCGAGUAGAAAUGCUACUUGAGAUUUUAUGUUACUGUCGUUGUGGGUCCGAUUUCAUAAUAUUCUGUCGAUUACUUCAAGAGAAUACUGUAACGACGGUGCAACGCUUUGGAGAGAAACUAUUGGCAACUGCAAGCGGAGCUUCCAGUGAUGGCAUUGGAAAUUAA